AUCAAAAUGGGUUCACUGCCACUACAAUUCAAUCCCAAUCCCCAUACUGAAUUGUCCCUGACCUUGGCGAAACAUCUUCCAACCCAUCAAACAAGCCGGGGAUUCAAAUCCGAACCCGCACACGGAACGAGGAGGCUGUGGGACUAGUUGAAGUUAGACAAACACUGCCAGUCCCUUUACCGAACGGAAGCAAGUCCAGUCAAUCAACCAGAAGAAGUGCCAUCAAGAACGAGAUCACUUUGAUUUGAUUGAUGAGCACUGUCAUCCGAGAGAUCGCUCCAGGAUUGGUUACCUUUUCUAGGCCUUUUCGUCGUUUUGGAGCCCCCAUUGGUGGACGCUCGACAGCUAUCAGAUUGAGCUCGGGAGAUGUUUUCCUGAUUGCGUCUACGCAACUUGACCAGGCUACCAAGGAAACGAUCGAGAGUUUGGGAAAGGUCAAGUACAUCAUAGCCAUUGACGCUGAGCACACUAUUUUCGUCGAAUCGUACCAAAAUGCCUACCCAGAGGCGAAACUAAUAGGCGUCGAAACCCUCGACAAGCGGAAACCUCACCUCCGCUGGGACCAUCUAUACACCUCCAACAAUCCACCUCCCUUUAGCCAACUUCCUCCCGACAUCUCCACCCAAUUCUUCCCUUCUUUCAUCAACAAGGAUCUAGCCAUCCUCCACAAACCAUCACGCACGCUCCUCGUAGCAGACCUCCUUUGGAACCUCCCCGCUCGAGAACAGAACGGUUUACCCACCGAUUACAAGAAUUGGUUCCAUAGCCUCAUGAGCCCCGGAACAAGAUUUCAACGAGCGUUUCUUUGGCUUGCUUCGAUUAAAGAUGGAAAAGCCAUGAGCCGAGAUGCGAAAGUCGUUGAUGGCUGGGAUUUCAAUAGGAUAAUACCAUGUCAUGGAGACGUCAUCGAGACAGGAGGGAAGGAAGCGUGGCGGUCGACGUAUACCGAUUUUUUGAAAUGAACAUAGUGACAGUCGGUUUUUAAUUGGGAACUAGAAUUAGAAAGGGG